CUGGUCUAUCUUGGGUUAGUUAGAAAAAUCUUUAGUCCUACCUUCAGUUAUCACGGAAAAUCUUAUGAAUGCAAACAACAGUUGUACGGUUUAUUUUUACAUUACAAGCAAUUCAUAUACAUUUUCUUUUCAAAUCUCGGGGAUAUUUUAUUCAUGACGUUCGCUGUUUGUAGACUCCGAAAAUUCGUACAUCCCGUGGAGGCUCUUCUUGACACUUCAUAUAGAGCUUGACAUUGUCAGAACAGAACGUUUCACUGGGAAGAGUUAGAGUUGCAUCAGUGGCAGCAGUGUUAGUGUAGAAAAUGUCUGACUCUAUUAUUUUAGCACUGAUAGUGUUUCUCAUCUUGUGUUUGAUUGUAACAGUGGUUGCAGCUGUUGUGUACUCUGGGCUGUUCACUGAGGUCAAUAUCAAGACAGGGUCGCCUUAUAUCAAAAACGUUACCAUUGCCUACAAACUCCAUAAAGGACCUUAUAAAGACUGUGGUGCUGCAUUCACAGAGACUGUCAGUAUUGGACCGAAGCUCAAUACCAUCCGUGUGUCUUAUGAUGACUCCACAGAGGUGCCCGAUGACCAGUGUCGCUACAUCAUUGGCAGUAUACUGAGUGAGGGAGAUGAAAAGCCUGACGAAGAGCUCCAGAAGCUGUAUGAGAAGUUUGGCUUCAAUGUGCUGUCCUUCCCCAAGGUGUCCCUGGCUGUGACCACUACCUUCCCCUCCACCACCCCCCUAUCCCACUGGCUGGCACCCUACAGAGUCUACCCUGAGCUCCGCAACUACAUCAUGGAGAGGCAGCUCCAUGCCUGGCCAUUCAUUGAGAUCAAUACAGGGGACCUAACCCACUACAUGGCUCCGCUGUCCUCCCAGAGCGGCUUCCACCACACUGGCUUUGUUGUGCCCGAGCUCAUCACACAGACAUCGGCCAAGACACCGGUGACAGAGGUGUCCUCGGACCAGGACAGAGGGACAGAUAUUUCAGGUGCAGAGUCCCACAGUGAUGUCAGCAGCAAGCUGAGCAGCCAGGGGCAGUCAAAGAGCACAGAGACAUCUCAGGCCCCGUCCUCAGCCCCCUCGCUGCCCCCCUCACUGCCCCACAGGGACCAGGGGGACGGGGACGAGCAGGGCCAGGGCGAAGAGCACAGGGAGCCCAGCGAAAAGGAGCACGAGAACAAGGGCUCCAGCGAGUCAGUGGGCAGCGGCUCCUCCUUUGAGGAACUGGACUUGGUGGAAGAGAUGGUGGAGGAGCUGGAAAGAGAGUUGGGGAUGGAGGAGAGGGAGGAGGAAGGCCCCACGGUGAAGGAAGAAGCCAAGGAAGCCCCAGUAGAGGCUUUAGCUGAGGAGAGGGAGCCCAUGGGGGAUGGAGAGGAGUAGACGAGGGGGAGAUAUAGGGAUGGAUGGAGGUAACAACUCUGGUUUGAUCCUUUUAAGGUGGGAGAGAGAUUUCUUCAGCUAAUCUUAGUUGUCUUUUAUGUCAACUUGUUGGUGGAUCUGUAGCCAUACUAUUUAUCAUGACAGACAUGCCAUCAAUUUCUGGACAUCUGAACUAUCCUGUACGUAAAACUGUAAUGUCUGUGAGAGAUAACGACAAAACAAAGAUGGGUUGAUCAACAUUAAACAGAUAGAACUGUAGGACAUGAUACAUUCACCAGUAGAAAGUGAUACACUCUUUGAGUGGACAAAAAUAUUGUUACAAUGUACUUGUGGGACUGAUGAAAGUUAAUAUUUCUUUUGAUUUAAGUAUUUAAAUGUUAGUAACAUUGAAUCCAAUAUGUUUUUAUCAUCUCCCAUCAUAGUAGGCACACAUUUUAUGUAAGAUAAUUAGUUUGAUAUAUACUGUAUAUAUACACUACCGUUCAAAAGUUUGGGGUCACUUAGAAAUGUCCUUG